AUGAUUUUAUUUAGAAGUAUUAUUUUAUUAGUUCUUGUUAUUGGAGUUACAAGUGAAUUUUUUGGAAUCUCUAGCUUAGGUCAAGGUAUGAGUGAAGAUGAUGCUAUUACUAAGAAGAGAGAAACAAUUGAACUUACUUUUAAAGAUGCUGAUGACAACGAUGAUAUGUCUGAUGCUGAAAUGAAAGUAGAUGAGCCUGUUCAACUCAGUGAUUAUGUACCAUUUGAAACUGAUAAUACACAAAUGCAAGUAGAUGAACCUAUGGUGUUAAAUGAUGAACCUGUAGUUUCUAUGGAUGGUAAACAAAAAGAUGACGAACAUGAUGAAGAUGAUGAGCAUGAUGAAGAUGAUGAAUACAGUUAUGAAGAAGAUGAUGAUUAUACAGAUCAGUAA